AUGUCUGCCUACUUGCCCCUGAUUUUGGUCCUCUCCUUUAGCACAUCUCUUCAAGUAUCUGGUAGUGGAAUAUUUUCAAUCUAUAAUGAAGAUAGCAAGCUCUGUGCCCAAGCUCAGAACUCUAGCUCAAUCAUAACUACCACUUGUAAUGAGCACGAUGAGUUUCAAAAGUUUAGGUGGGUCUCUGCCAAACAGCUGCUGAGUGUGGCACUCAAGCUGUGCCUGGGAGUGCUCACCAAGAACGAUGACGCUGCCGUCACGUUGGAAUCCUGUAACAGGACAAAUGAACUCCAGUGGUGGGAAUGUAGAAAUGAGACAUUUGCAACCUACGGCAAGGAGUUGUUUCUCAGCUAUGGCAAAGGGAAGGGGAAGAAAAUCAGGCUGUCCGAAGGAUCAGGCAAAGGGAGCAGAUGGAAAAUCCAUGGAACUACAGACAGUGUGUGCUUACAGCGCUAUGAGGAUAUCUAUACACUGGGAGGAAAUGCCUUUGGUGCACCUUGCAUGUUUCCUUUUAAGUUCAAGGGUAAAUGGUAUGCUGACUGCAUCCCCCGGAGUCACGACUCAGGCUCUCUGUGGUGUGCAACUACUUCAGAUUUUGAUAAAGACCAAAUGUUUGGAAACUGUCCACUGAAAGACACCAACAACAAUGACCUUUGGAAAACGAAUCCUAUGACAGGGAUCCAGUAUCAGAUAAACUCACAGUCACUUCUGACAUGGCACCAAGCAAGGAAAAGCUGCCAGCAGCAGAAUGCAGAGUUAAUAAGUGUCACAGAUCUUCAUGAAGAAAUGUAUUUAUUAGGGCUCACUAGUGACCUGGGUGUAAAUGUAAAGCUCUGGACUGGUCUUUACAGCACACUCAACAGUGGCUGGCAGUGGACUGGGGGUAGUCCUUUCAGAUACCUAAACUGGGCUCCAGGAAAUCCCUCUGUGGAAUCUGGAAAAAUAUGUGGGACCUUCCAAGGUAGAAAUGGCAAAUGGGAAAACCAGGCAUGUGAUCGGAAACUGGGAUAUAUCUGCCAAAAGAGAAACACCUCCUUGGACACCUUCACUAUAGCUUCAGGUGACUUAAAGCCUGUUAAAUGCCCCAGGGGAUGGGUGCCCUAUGCAGGUCAUUGCUACAGAAUUUAUAGAACACCAAAAAUAUGGAAAGAAGCCCAGUCUGCCUGUAGAAAAGAAGAUGGAGAGCUGGCGAGUAUUCAUAAUAUUGAGGAGUACAGUUUUACAGUGUCUCAGCUUGGGUACAAGCCAGAUGAUGAACUGUGGAUUGGGCUAAAUGACUUCAAGGUUCGAAUGUAUUUUGAAUGGAGUGAUGGCACACCUGUGACUUAUACCAAAUGGCAUUACGGAGAGCCAGCCCACACAUCAGAUAAGGCAGACUGCAUCGUUAUGAAGGGAGAGGAUGGAUCCUGGGCUGACAGUACUUGUGAAAUGAAACUUGGCUACAUUUGUAAAAGGAAACCCUUGGCUGAAGGAUCAGGGGCAACUCAGGUUGAUUACAUAGGCUGCCAGAAAGGAUGGAUGAAGCACGGCUUUUAUUGCUACUCCGUGGGGCAGUUACCAACAACAUUUUCAACUGCAAAAAAAAUCUGUGAAGAAAACAAAGGUUACCUGCUUACUGUGAGAGACAGAUACGAACAAGCUUUUUUGACCUCCGUAAUUGGAUUCAAUCCAGCAAAAUAUUUCUGGAUUGGUCUCUCAGACACAGAGGACCAGGGGACUUUCAGGUGGGCAAAUGGGGAUCCAGUCACCUUCACUCACUGGAAUGUGGGAAUGCCCGGAGAACAGUCAGGCUGCGUGGCCAUGGCAACAGGAACUUCAGCUGGAUUAUGGGAUAUUUUGAACUGUGAAGAAACAAACAUGUUUCUCUGUAAGCAGCUGGUGGAGGGAGUGACACCCCCUCCGCUACCUCCAACAACUCCCCCUCUCCUGUUCUGCCCAGAUGGAUGGCAGUCAGUUCCUCAGAGCAGCUUCUGCUUCAAAAUUUUUCAAGGAGGAAGAGAGAAAAUGCAAACAUGGUUUGGUGCAAGAGAUUUUUGCAGAACCAUUGGAGGAGAUCUGGCAUGUAUCCACAAUGAAGAAGAACAAGAGCUGAUAAAAACAUUAGAUAAAUAUUAUAUUCACUUGUCCUACUGGAUGGGUUUAAGUGCCUUGGAUGCCGACAGUGGAUUUACAUGGAGUGAUGGCUCACCAGUAAAUUUUGAAAAAUGGUCACAUGGAGAGCCAAACAAUUAUCAUGGAAAUGAAAAAUGCGGUGUGUUUAACGCCUUCUACAAUAUGCGCUGGAAUGAUUUAUUUUGUGAACACAUGCUGGACUAUGUUUGCCAAAUUAAAAAAGGAGCAUCACUGAAACCAGAGCCUAAUUCCACAUUCACUUAUGAACGUGUUGCUGGUGAAGAGGACUGGAUAAUAUAUAAUCACAAGGAAUACUACUUCAGCAGCGAAGCAAUGCCUAUGGAAAAAGCCAGAGACUUUUGCAAGAAGAAUGGUAGCGACCUUGCUGUCAUUGAGAGUGAAAGUGAAAAAAACUUUCUUUGGAAAUAUGUUUUUUAUAAGGAGUGGGGACAUAAAUUCUAUAUUGGCUUAAGCGUGAGCCUUGACAAAACAUUCCAGUGGAUGGAUGGAACUCCAGUGAGCUAUGUUGCCUGGGCUCCAAACGAACCAAAUUUUGCAAAUAAUGAUGAAAACUGUGUGGUUAUGUAUACCCAAACAGGUACAUGGAAUGACCUCAACUGUGGCAGCGUCGAGUUAUUCAUCUGUGAAAGGCUUAACAACACUGUUCGUACAACAGUUGCUCCCACUUCACCACCACCAAAGGGUGGGUGUCAGGAAGAUUGGCUUCUCUUUGAUAACAAGUGUUUCAAAGUAUUUGGCCUUGAUGAAAAUGAUACAUUGUCAUGGCAUGGUGCACGGAACAAUUGCAUUGAUUUGGGAGGAAACCUGGCUACUAUAUCAAAAAAGGAAGUGCAAGCUUUUCUCAUGUCCCUCUUGAAAAAUGCUGCAACAGAUGCUUGGAUUGGAAUGAAUGACAUAAAUCAGGAGCACACAUACUUAUGGACAGAUGGAAGCCCAGUAGACUAUACAAACUGGGCAAAAGGUUCCCGAACUUAUUAUAGUAUGAAUGAUUGUUUCUUUAUGGUGAAGAAUCCUAUUGAACAGGCAGGGAAAUGGAAAGAUGAAGAAUGCAAAACAAGCAAAAGUUACAUAUGCCAGAAAAAUUCUGACCCCAAACUGCAAAAUUCCCAACCCACAGUUCCAAUGUUUGGCUUUCAUUCUUAUGGUAAUGACCGUUAUGCAGUCAUCAACUACAAAAUGAGCUGGGAAGAAGCAGAGAAGAACUGCAGGGACCAGUCUGCAGAUCUCGCCAGUAUCUUGGAUCCCUAUGUUGAAUCUUACGUGUUGUUACAAAUAAUAAAGCAUGGGGGGCCUGUGUGGAUUGGCCUUAACAGCAACAUGAGUGGUGGCCAAUACAUAUGGUCAGAUAAAAGGAGGAGCAGAUAUCAUAACUGGGCCAGCGGAGAACCAAAUAAGAACAAAGCCUGUGUCUAUUUAGAUUUGGAUGGUUUUUGGAGGACAGCAUCUUGCAAUGAGACAUUUUUCUCUCUCUGUAAACAAUCCAAUGACUUAAUCCCUAGUGAACCACCACAGCUUCCUGGGAAGUGUCCUGAGCCAAAGCGUGGUAGAUCUUGGAUUCCCUACCGUGGUCAUUGCUACUAUGUUCACACCACUUCUGAGGAAAGCUGGCCUGAUGCUUCCAUGGUGUGUAUUCAAAUGGGUGCUUCUCUGGUUUCCAUAGAAGAUUCAGCUGAAAUGAACUUUCUCUUAUUUUAUUUGUCUCCACUUACGAAUGACUUCAGAAAGUUUUGGAUAGGACUGUUCAAAAAUAUUGAUGGAGAAUGGAUGUGGAUAGACAGAAGUGAGGUGGAAUAUGUCAACUGGGAGAAAGGAGAGCCUACAGUAAGUUUUAAUGAACGCUGUGUUGACAUGGAUGUCUCAAGCGGAACCUGGAGGACCUAUUACUGCUCUGUUGACCAGAAUUUUAUUUGCAAAACCCCAAAAAUUCCAGAAGUUGAUCCAACCCAUGAUUCACCUGUCAAUAAUGCAUCCAAAAAUGAAGCUGCUGCUUCAUCGGCAAAUGGUUUAGGUGGGAUCAUUUUUAUACUGAUCAUCCUUCUGCUAGCUGGAAUUGGCUUCACAUUGUAUUAUUUUUAUAAAAAAAGACGUGGUCAACAAAUGAUUACAGCCAGUUUUGACAAUGCCAUAUACUGUGGUGACCCUGGAACUCAUGAAUCAAAUUGUCUUGUGACCAAUAUUGAAGAAAAUGAGCAGGCAACAAUUUAA